AUGAGCUAUAGUACUCGUAUCACCCCACACUUUAUGCGAGCUCUCAGGCAGAAUGGAACGAUAGCUUCGCGGAGACCACUCCUCUUCAAUGCUACCACAACUGUCAGAUCAUUCUCGGUCUCUGCCAAAUUCAUGAGGGGUCCACCAAAGGCUCCUGCUCAAGAAGCCGACAACCUGCGAACCGGGAAUGAGGCACCCACUUUCCUCGGUACACAAAAACGUCUUCCUGAAUUCAAUCUGGUCGAUAGAGUUGUGCUUGUUUCUGGUGGAGCUCGUGGCCUGGGAUUGGCACAGUCAGAAGCUCUUCUUGAAGCUGGGGCUAAAGUCUAUGCACUCGACAGACUCGAAAAACCGAGCCCUGAGUUCUACCACGUUCAAGCCAAAGCUCAGAAAGAACUUGGAACAUCAUUACACUACCACCAAAUCGAUGUUCGUGACGAAGUCAAUCUCAACAAAACAAUUGAGAAAAUUGGGAAGGAGAAUGGUCGGUUAGAUGGGCUGAUCGCAGCAGCUGGUAUCCAGGAAGAGAUUACUGCUUUCGACUAUAAUGCGGCAGAUUUCAACAGGAUGUUGGAGGUCAAUGUCACUGGUGUAUUCCUUACGGCUCAAGCAGCUGCCAAACAAAUGGUCAAGUUUGGAAAUGGAGGUAGCAUUGUCAUGAUCGCUUCAAUGUCAGGCACAAUUGCGAAUAAGGGACUUGCUUGCCCUGCCUACAACACCUCUAAGUCGGCUGUUCUUCAAUUGGCCCGCAACCUGGCCGCCGAAUGGGGCACCCAUGGAAUCAGGGUAAACACAAUCUCUCCUGGAUAUAUUCUAACAGGGAUGGUGGAGAAACUCUUCGUAAAGUUUCCGGAGAGGAAAGCGGAGUGGUCAACGCAGAACAUGCUAGGAAGACUCAGUCAACCUAAGGAAUAUCGAGGGGCGGCAGUCUUUUUACUUAGUGAUGCGAGCACGUUCAUGACUGGUGCAGAUCUUAUCAUGGAUGGAGGACACCACUCUUGGUAA